CUCAAGCAGACGAGGACUCUCUCAUCAUGUAGGCUACAUUUUUGUUAAAGCCAUUUAGUCAUCGAUCUAUUAUGAUAUUUCGAUACAAAGUAUUCUGGGAUAUGAAGAAAGUUCGACAUAAUGAAUUCUGAAGAAGGAUGCUGCGGACUCAGAACGCCGUGGGGAAAUAACUGAAGUGAACCAGCGGAAGGAAUCGAAUGGCUUCUGUAGAGCUGCUUUAUAUAGAUAAGGAAGGAAGAGGCAGACAACCCGUUCUUCCCUGCGUCCUUGACUGGGCUUCCAAUCCGGUGCAUGUUCGUAAAGCUAUCAGCAAAGGACUGUGUAAUUCAACACCAAAGACGGUUCCCCAUAACGGAGGUCCGCAUCCUAAACACCGUCACCCUGCGGUGGAGAAGGUCAACGUGUGCAGCGACGAAGAAUUAGAUACAUCUUUCACCUACGUCGACGAGAAUGUGAAUUUGCGCCUGGCAAGCCCUGUGAAAAGUGGGGAAAGUAUCCACAAAUCCUGGUGUAGGCCUAAUGACUGUGCGAGCGACAUUCGACCGGAGGGGUUGCAUGAGCUCUCUCUAAUGUCAGAUGAUGAUCUCGCAUCAGAAAAUUCGGGGGCAUCUGUAGAUUACGGUUUUAUAAGCGCGGUCACUUUCCUAGUCACCGGGAUCUCGUUAGUAAUUAUAUCCUAUGCAGUCCCUCGCGAGGUCAAAGUGGACCCGGAGAGCGUGUCCGCGAGGGAGAUGGAGAGGCUGGAAAUAGAAAGUGCCAGGGUAGGGGCACACCUGGAUAGGUGCGUCAUAGCAGGGCUUUGCCUACUGACGCUGGGAGGGGUAGUGCUGUCCACUCUGCUAAUGAUAUCUAUGUGGCAGGGAGAGAUGUACAGGAGAAAGGCCUUUGCAUAUUCCAAGCACUCGGGUAAACUGUAUGGCUCCAUCAUUUUAAAAACGAGGUCUAGCCCUAGUCGGUCGUCCGCGCACCUGUCUAUGAAGGAAGAGAUAGAUGAGACCUUGAAUUAAAACGCUAUCCUGUUGAGAAACUACUUUGCCUUGUGUUACUAAGACAGAGCAACACAAUACAGCAUGAUGCAGGUACUCCAGACCCAAAGCGUGCAACCUGAACCCAUCAGUCGGUCAGCCUACAGAACAUUAGCUUAACUGUUAAAAUAUUCAUUUGUUUUAAUAUUCAAGGUGAUGAAAUAUUAAUUGUCUUAUACUAUCAUCUCCAUAUAAUUGAAUGGACAUGCAAGGUAUAGGUUUAUUUAACCAGGUAAGCAAAUUAACAAAAUGAAUAAGCAUGACAACCAUUUUUUUUUUUUUUUUUUUUUUACCUUUAUUUAACCAGGCAAGUCAGUUAAGAACAAAUUCUUAUUUUCAAU